AUGAUAAGGUAUAAGAAAGAUAAUACUUGUAAUAAUGGAGACAUUGGAGCAAGAUCUCACUAUAAAUAUAUUUACGAUUUUAUGCGUUUAAUGGCCUCAAGAAAUGAAAGAUACUUUGCAUACAUGUCUCUCAACGGAUGGACCAAAGACUCGUUGAACAAAAUUGGUUUUAUGGAUAACUCGACUCACGAUUUCUUACACGAUUUGAUAGUGAAAGACAACAAUACAUUAUUAGAUGAAACGCUUGUGAUUUUCUUCUCAGAUCAGGGCUCAGAUUGGUCUCCAAUUAAUGAACUUUAUUUCAAAGAGGUUGAGUCGCGGCUACCCUUUCUCUUUAUGAGACUACCAAAACAAUUACGAGAUAAAUACGGAUCCGUUUUCAACACCAAUACUAAACAGUUGAUCACUCCCUUUGAUAUUCACGCAACACUUGUCCACAUACUUAAUGGUGAGGCAAACAAAACAUUACCUCACGGUCUGUCGCUAUUGGAUCAGAUACCAGAUAACAGGGACUGCAAAAGUGCUUCCAUACCAGAAAGUAAAUGUAUUCAAACCAUUGGUGAGCUCGAAUUGGUGAUCCAACUCAUGCGACCAUUUGAGGGGAGAAUAGUAACAAAUAGGUUUGCAGCCAGAUUUGGUCCAAUUCAUCCGUAUUGUCAUUCCAUCGCUCUCUCGUCCAUCACUUCAUCGUUAAACAGAGGCAACUCUUCAAUACGACAACCCUUUGUCUCAAUCAUGAAAGAAAUGUUUGCAUUUUUGGUCAAUUCUUGUGUUGUCAUCAAUUUUGGCGGAUCUUUAAAGUAG